UCGCGUACGUGGGAAAGAACGAUCCGCGCAAAUUGUGAGGCCAAAUUUUUGCAUUUUUUAAAUAUCAUACCAGAAAGGUAUAGAAUUUGCCAAAAUGAAGCUAACCUGUUGCUGCAGUUUGGGCCAUGGAGCGCUUGCCAUUGGGAUUCUGCACAUUAUUGUCAAUAUCUUCUACCUUCUGAGGAAUUGUUUGAUGAUAUAUCUCAUCAUCCACCGUCCCGACCUCACGACCGUCUUAUGGAAAAUCUUCUUUUUCAUCACGACCAGUGUUGAGCUGAUUUCCUUGAUUUUGGGGUGCCUCAUGGUGCACGGAUAUCGUGUCCGGAAUCACUGCCUGAUCAAGCCCUGGCUGGUGUGGAGCUAUUUCCUUCUUGCCGUUACGAUUGUCUUUCUCGUGGCACUCGCAUUAGUAGGAAUAGCAAAUUCUAGAGGGAUAACUGUAAUGCUUUCGUUUUUCGCCAUUUCCGGAAGUUACCUGGCAUUGCAGUUCUACUUUAUUAUCGUCGUGACCACAUUUAUGGAUAAGUUGAAAGAAGAAGAAGAAAACCUGGGUGGGGGUGAAAAUGGGCUAGAGAAUUGUUAAACUUUGAUGGCUUUAUAGUUUUACAAUUUUUGCGGUGCUUGUUGAUAAAUAA